AUGAGCGCUACACAUCAUUCUGCGACAGACAGUGCUAACGAGAACUUGUCAAUAAGAGACACGGAAUUUUUCACGAACGAUUUUCAACAGAACACAGGUUUCGAGUACGAGUUCACAAAAGUAACGAACGACAAGACAAACCGCGCCGCAUCAGCGCCUACGCACUACGGUAAAUGGUACGGUAAGAAACAUUCGAGCAGGGCUCGGUUGGAGACGUCGUCUUUCGGCUUUUACCGUACGAGAUCACUGCUCAGCGAGAACCACCGCUCUGCUGUCUUCCCUGGACACAAACAAGACGGCGUUCUUCUUGUUGGUUGGCGAAAGCAACACCACCGGACGAUCGAACUUUUCGACCAAAAGCAUGGGUCAAGAGGGAAAGAAGAAAACGGGGCGCUAGGAGAUGUGCAACUGCGUCUUCUCCUUCCGACCAACUCGGCGUCAGAGAAUUUCUUCGUUUGUCCCUCGCCGACACAUCAGCAAAGUGCGAUGUGCCAAAUGCACAUGCGUCGCUCACACGAAAAAGUGUUGGCGCAUCAGUCUCUGACAGGGCGCAGCCACGUGACACAGCCAGUACAUUCGCUGAACUACAGCCAAACACCGUCUACGGCAUUCACUGGUAGACUUGGAGGGAGAAAACUGGAUGAAUAA